UAAGACUAGCUUCCCACCGGGUGGCCUGUGAGUACGGCAUGGUGCAUGUGGUCUCCGAGACAGGGGGCCCCAAAGGCAAGGACUACUGCAUUCUCUACAACCCGCAGUGGGCCCACCUGCCACAUGACCUUGGCAAAGCGUCCCUCCUGCAGCUGUGGGACUGGACGGCCUCCGUGCUCUGCUCUCCGCCUGACCUCCCGGCCAAAGGCUUCAGCAACCAGAUCCCGUUGGUGGCGCGCGGAAACUGCACCUUCUACGAGAAGGUGCGGCUGGCCCAGGGCGGCGGUGCGCGCGGGCUGCUCAUUGUCAGCAAGGAGGCGCUGGUCCCUCCAGGAGGCAACAAGACCCAGUAUGACGAGAUCGGCAUUCCCGUGGCCCUGCUCAGCUACAAGGACAUGCUGGACAUUUUCAAGAACUUCGGCCGGUCGGUGAGGGCAGCGCUGUACGCGCCCAGUGAGCCCAUGCUGGACUACAACAUGGUCAUCAUCUUCAUCAUGGCCGUCGGCACUGUCGCCCUCGGGGGCUACUGGGCCGGGAGCCGGGACGUGAAGAAAAGGUACAUGAAGCACAAGCGGGACGACGGGCCGGAGAAGCAGGAGGACGAGGCCGUGGACGUGACACCCGUCAUGAUCUGCGUCUUCGUGGUCAUGUGCUGCUCCAUGCUGGUGUUGCUCUACUACUUCUAUGACCAGCUCGUCUAUGUGAUCAUAGGCAUCUUCUGCCUGUCCUCCUCCACGGGCCUCUACAGCUGCCUGUCUCCACUGGUCCAGAGGCUGCCGUUCGGCAGAUGCAGGGUCCCCGACAACAGCCUGCCGUACUUCCACAAGCGGCCGCGGGUCAGCUUGCUGCUCCUGGCGCUGCUCUGCCUCGCCGUCAGCGUCGUGUGGGGCGUCUUCCGGAACGAGGACCAGUGGGCCUGGGUCCUUCAGGACGCGCUGGGCGUCGCCUUCUGCCUCUACAUGCUGAAAACCAUCCGCCUCCCCACUUUCAAGGCCUGUACGCUGCUGCUGCUGGUGCUCUUUGUCUACGACGUCUUCUUUGUGUUCAUCACACCCUUCCUGACCAAGAGCGGGAACAGCAUCAUGGUGGAGGUGGCCACCGGGCCCUCAGACUCGGCCACCCACGAGAAGCUCCCCAUGGUCCUGAAGGUGCCCAGACUGAACGCCUCGCCGCUGGCCCUGUGUGAUCGGCCCUUCUCUCUCCUGGGCUUCGGGGACAUCCUGGUGCCAGGGCUGCUCGUGGCCUACUGCCACAGGUUCGACAUCCAGGUGCAGUCGUCCAGGGUCUACUUCGUGGCCUGCACCGUGGCCUACGGCAUCGGCCUCCUGGUGACGUUCAUGGCGCUGGCCCUCAUGCAGCGCGGCCAGCCUGCCCUCCUCUACCUGGUGCCCUGCACGCUGAUGAUAAGCUGCGCCCUGGCGCUCUGGCGCAGGGAGCUGGGCAUGUUCUGGACGGGCAGCGGCUUUGCGAAGGACCUACCUCAGUCUCCUUGGGCAGCACCUUCAGCCGACGGCCCCCAGCCCCAGAUGGACUCAGAUGCUGGCCUCUCCCAGCCGCCUCCAGGCGAGGGACUGGCCAAGUGCCCCCUCCCCACGGAGCAACCCCCAGCAUUGUCUGUGCCCGAGGAGACCGAGGCCGGGGCACCCCCCCAGGAGCCUGUGAGUCCAGCCAGCCACACCCCUGAAGCCACAGGCCUGGUAGGCACCUCAGCCUAGAAGGCGACACAGACUCUCGGGCCCUCGCUGCCACCCCUCUGCGCCGAGAGACACAGAGACUGGACGUGCCCGGUCCCCCCAACUUGGUGCUCUGGUCUGGCCGAUGCCCCCGCUCUUCCUCCUCCUUGAGCAGAGCCCAGCUGCACCCCGGACCCUCUCCAGCUCCUGCUCCCAGCUCGAGUGGCUGCCGGGAGCCCCCUGACCAACGAGGUCACCCACGUGUGAGCGCCCAGCUCCACGGUCUUGCCUGUCAGCUCGCUGGUCCCUCGGAAAGGGCAGAAGUGCCACCUCCCCCACCCACGGCUGCAGAUCCACCCACACCUGGUGCUUACCUGGCCGCCACUUCCCUCAGGUUCUCUCCCGCCAUGCCCGCUUCGGAGGACCCAGGGCCUCCCCAGGGACGCUGGCCAGCAGAGCCCCGUCUAGCACCCGGGCCCUGGAUGUCU